UGUUCCUACCCGGAACUUUUAACUUGCUGUACAACUUGUCCCCUUUCGAAAACAAUCCGGCCAGUAAAAAAAAAUGAGGUGACAUAUGUAACAAGCCGGUGUAGGACAAACCUGGAUGUCUUCCGUUUAAAUAUUUGCAAAUGUGGACGUAAGGAAUUCCGUUAGAUAUGCAUCCACAGAUCCUGUGCAGCGGCACGGCUGCGGCUGUCGCUGCCAGGAGAAUGAGGACUAUCCUGGGCGCCGUCCUGGGGAAAGACGGCUGGAUGUGGAGAAGCCAUGAGGUCAAACUUCUCAACACCUCCGCUGGCGACACAGUGAUGAUUGGAGACAUUUCUUACAAACUCAAAACCCCACACAACCCGGAGUUGGUUCCUGUCAAACACAUAGUUUCAGACUCCUUGCCUCAGGCGGUGGCCCAGCACCUGAGAUGGAUUAUGCAGAAAGACCUCCUAGGCCAGGAUGUCUUUCUGAUCGGUCCCCCUGGACCUUUGAGACGCUCCAUUGCCAUGCAAUACCUUGAGUUGACCAAAAGGGAAGUGGAGUAUGUGGCUCUGUCCAGGGACACCACAGAGACGGACCUGAAACAGAGGAGAGAGAUCCGGGCUGGGACUGCCUUUUACGUUGACCAGUGUGCAGUUCGGGCAGCCAUUCAAGGCCGAGUUCUGGUUCUGGAGGGGCUGGAGAAGGCUGAGAGAAACGUUCUGCCUGUCCUCAACAACCUGCUGGAGAACAGAGAGAUGCAGCUGGAGGACGGACGCUUCCUGAUGGCGGCCGAACGCUACGACAAGCUGCUUCAGGAACACACCAAAGAGGAGCUGGACAGCUGGAAGAUUGUCCGCGUAAGCGAGGAUUUCCGGGUCAUCGCUCUCGGUCUGCCCGUCCCCAAGUACAAAGGCAACCCUCUAGAUCCUCCUCUCCGCUCUCGCUUUCAGGCUAGAGACAUCUAUUAUCUUCCAUUUAAGGACCAGUUGGAGUUGUUAUACACAGCAGGACCGAAUAUAGCUGCAGAAAGGGUAUCCCAGCUGCUGUCUCUCGCCACCACGCUAUGCUCCCAGGAAUCAUCAAACCUGGGCCUUCCUGACUUCCCUGUGGACAACCUCUUCCAUGGCCUUAAUGUCCUGAAUGUGUUCCCCGCAAUGUCCUCGCAGCACCUGGUCCAGAGACUUUACCCCUACCACAGUAUGCUGGGCAAGGACGGGCGCAGCGCUGUGGAGAGUGUCCUCAGUAGGUUUGAGCUCAUGGAUGGCCGUCGCAAGUCUCCGGGGAGCACCGUCACCAGUGUGUCAAAGACGACGGGCGUCGACGGAUACGCAGACGUCACCUUGCGUGUUGCAGAUAAAGACGUCAGCUUCCAGGUCCCCGCUGGCACCAAGAAACCCCGCCCACCCAACAGUAACCCCGCCUUCAUCGGCACUCCCAGCCACACUCAGCUGAUUGCUAACAUGAUGCAGUCACACAUGGUGAAAGACAUGUGUCUGAUAGGAGCCAAGGGUUGUGGCAAGUCUGUGAUUGCCAAAGAGUUUGCGGAGAUGCUGGGCUAUAGCAUAGAGCCGGUCAUGCUCUACCAGGACAUGACAGCCAGGGACCUUCUCCAGCAGAGGUUCACGCUCCCCAACGGCGACACGGCAUGGCGUCCGUCUCCAUUGGUCACGGCCGCCAUAGAGGGCAAGCUGCUUCUGCUGGAUGGAAUACACCGGGUCAACCUGGGAACACUGGCCGUCCUUUCAAGGUUGCUUCAUGACCGGGAGUUGGAUCUGUACGAUGGCACCAGGCUGCUGAGGCGGGACAGGUACCAGGCACUGAAGGAGGAACUGCAAUUUACUGACGAGCAGCUUCAAGAGAGGUCAAUCUUCGCCAUCCACCCAUCAUUCAGGGUGCUUGCCCUCGCCGAGCCUCCAGUAGUGGGCGCCGGCGCAAGUGCCAGUAGCAACAGCACAGGUCAGCAGCAGUGGCUGGGCCCCGAGUUGCUAACCAUGUUCCUGUAUCACACCGUCAGCCCGCUGGCCCGAGCAGAGGAGAUUGCCCUCCUACAAGGACUGUCUCCUAAUGUCCCGAAGGAAGCCGCCGAGCAACUCCUAGACCUGACACACACUCUGCGUCAGACAAAUGACACCACGGCACAGUCGCUGGCCUCUUCCCUGUCCACCAGACAACUGUUGAGGAUCUGUCGCCGGCUCUCUCGCUAUCCUGAGGAGAACAUCGCCCACGCUGUCAAUAAGGCUUGCCUGUCCAGGUUCCUUCCCAGUCUGGCCCGUGCCUCUUUGCAGAAAAGCCUCUCCAACUGCUCCAUACAAGAGACUCUGGAUGCUGAACACGCACGUGACUUCACAUGUGUGGUCAAGGAUGGAAUGCUCACAAUCGGUAAAGUGUCCGCUCCCGUCUAUAAGCCUGAUGAGAAAAUGAAGGUUCCCGAUGUGCUGUUCUACGAUAAUCCCCAGCACAUGAUGGUGAUGGAGGACAUGUUGAAGGACUUUCUACUUGGAGAGCACCUUCUCCUGGUGGGAAACCAGGGCGUAGGUAAGAAUAAAAUAGUGGACCGAUUCCUGCACCUUCUGAACCGACCCAGGGAGUACCUACAAUUGCACAGAGAUACGACCGUGCAGUCGCUGACCUUGCAACCUUCAGUCAGAGACGGCAUCAUCACAUAUGAGGACUCGCCACUGGUAAAAGCAGUGAGGAAGGGACACAUACUGGUGAUUGACGAGGCCGACAAAGCUCCCACCAACGUCACCUGCAUCCUCAAAACUCUGGUGGAGAGCGGAGAGAUGAUCCUGGCAGACGGACGCAGAAUUCUCUCUGAUCCACUGGAAGCCAAGGGGAGGCCCAACACUAUCGUCAUGCACCCUGACUUCAGAAUGUUGGUGCUGGCUAACAGACCAGGCUUCCCCUUCCUGGGCAACGACUUCUUCGGCGCACUAGGUGAUAUCUUCAGCUGCCACGCCGUGGAUAACCCGAAGCCUCGGGCCGAGCUGGCCAUGCUGAGGCGGUACGGCCCCAACGUUCCCGACGCCACCCUGGAGAAGCUGGUGGCCGCCUUCGGAGAGCUCCGGUCCAUGGCUGACCAGGGCACCAUCACUUACCCCUACUCCACCCGAGAGGUGGUCAACAUUGUCAAGCACCUCCAGGAAUUCCCCAACGAGGGCCUGGCCAACGUGGUGCGGAACGUCUUCGACUUUGACUCGUACAACAAGGACACUCGCGACGUCCUGAUCGAAGCGCUGCACAAGCACGGCAUCCCCAUCGGAGCCAAGCCCAGCUCCGUCCACCUGGCCAAUGAGUUGCCUCUACCGGAGCCCACGAUGACAUCAUACUGGACCAUCAGUCAAGGUGUCAACGCCCGGCGCAAAAUGCUGUGUCCGUCCGAGACGCAUCGCAUCGAUGUCAAGGGCCCCGUCUACCUGCGUGUUCAGGCCUAUCCUUGCCACAGGCAGGAGAGCCGGGCAUUGAGUUUCAGCGAGGAAAAAUCUCACUGGCAGAUUCCCAUGAACGAAGUCAACAUCAUCUGUGACGUCGCCACCACAGAUGACGUGCUGUACGUGGCCACGUGCAACCCCGUGACCCUAUACUCAAUGAAGGAGCGAGGGGAGACCAUCCAGUGUGUGGAACUUUACGACAUCUUCCCCAGGACCGUCAGCGGUGUGUGGCAGCCCUUUGUGACAGUCGCCCCGCUGGGGAGUCCUUUGGAGGGCCAGCUGGUGCUGCACGAGGAACAGAGUCAGACAGUGCUCCAUGUGGACAUGGCGACGGGCGCCGUGCGGAGGCUCAUGUUGUCUCCUGACAGCGAGCAGCCACCCAGCAAAGCCUCCAAAUGGUGGAGCAGCAAAGAACCACAGGCUCAGUACAAGAUGUGCUGUGACUUGGCCCAUAAGAACUGGCUGCUCUUCUACAAGGAAGACGGCAACCAGCUGGAGGUUCUGGAUGUGCUGGAGGGCCAGGUCCACGCUAUCUCCCUGCCCAUCAACCUCAAGUCCGUCUUCUUGGUGGCGGAAGAUCGCUGGCUGCUGCUGGAGAGCAACACUGACAAGAAGUACCUGCUGACCAAGCCCAUGCACAUGGCUUCCGAGGACUCUGGAGUGUGUCAGCUGCACAGCAUCAGCGAGGACGCCGUCAGCUCAGGGCACGGGGCCAGCUCAGAUGCCGUGUGCGUUCCCCAGAUGUUGUCAUGUGACCAACUUCCCAACGAAAACCUAAGUGCUGCCCUCGGCCAAAAGAUCGUCUCCCCGAACCGUGUCAUGGCCGACACCGGCUCCUUCGCCCGAGUCAUCGUGGGCUUCCCAGACCUCAUGUCCCCUAAUGAGGUGUACAGCUUCAAGAGGACAGUCGACCUGUCCGAGAUGAAGAGCAGCGACGGCAGCGCCCACAACUUCCUCCGGGGCGGCCCGCGAACCACGGCCGCCAAGCGAAGCAAUUGCGUGAGUCUGCUCUCAGCCAAUCAGGUGGUCCGGGCCCUUCCACCGAGCAAAGUGCCCCUGAAGGAGGUCUACCCCAAAGAUGUCACCCCUCCCAUGACUGCAGGCUACCUGGAGGUGACGGAUCUGAACUCAAAAAAAGUCAAAUAUAUUCCCGUUCCCAGGUCCAUGUCCGUGUCGCCUUACACCAGCUGGGUGUCAAAAGUGUCGGAAACCGACUUGCUGUUGGCGCCCCUCAGCUCGGGCGGCGUGGUCACCGUGGACAUGGGCGGCUACGUCCGUCUGUGGGAGACCGGCCUGGACACGCUACAGCGAUCGCUGAUGGAGUGGAGGAAUAUGAUUGGCUCUGAGGAUGGCAGGCCUGUACAGAUAACCAUCCAGAGGGACAGCGGUUUGGACGUCAGCGCCCCAAAACACGGCAAGAUGGACCCCAACAACGCUCCUCACGUGGGCGGCAACCAAUGGGCAGGUGGCACAGGUGGCCGAGACACGGCCGGCCUGGGCGGCAAAGGGGGCCCGUACCGCCUGGAUGCAGGACAUAAGGUGCACCAGGUUUCCCAGGCGGAGAAGGACGCCGUCCCCGAGGAGGUCCGCCAGGCCGCGCGGGAAAUGGCGGAGAAAGCCUUCAAAGACAGGCUGAAGGAGAUCAACAUGAGCGAGUACGACGCCGCCACAUACGAGCGAUUCUCCAGCGCCGUCAGGAGACAGGUUCAGUCUCUGCGCAUCAUCCUGGACACGUUGCAGGCUAAAGCUAAGGAGCGCCAGUGGCUGAAGAACCAGGCUCUGGGGGAACUGGACGAUGCCAAAAUCAUCGACGGUCUCACCGGAGAGAAGGCCAUUUAUAAACGGCGAGGAGAGCUGGACCCUGAGCCCGGCACCCCGCAGCAAAAGCCCAAGCGUUUGCGCGUGCUGGCCGACGUCUCGGGGAGCAUGUACCGCUUCAACGGCGUGGACGGCCGGCUGGAGCGCUCCAUGGAGGCUGUGUGCAUGGUCAUGGAGGCCCUGGAAAGCUACGAGCACAAGUUCAAGUACGACAUCGUGGGCCACUCGGGUGACGGCUACGACAUCGAGCUGGUCCAAGUGGGCAAAGUCCCCAAGAACAACAAGCAGAGACUCAAAGUUCUCAAGACCAUGCACGCCCACGCUCAGUUCUGCAUGAGCGGCGACUACACCCUGGAGGGCACGGCGGCCAGCAUCAAGGAGCUGUCGAGGGAGGAGGCCGACGAGCACUUUGUGGUGGUGCUGAGCGACGCCAACCUGGAGCGCUACGGCAUCAGGCCCGAGCGCUUUGCCCAGGUGCUGACCUCCGACCCGCAGGUUAACGCCUUCGCCAUCUUCAUUGGGUCCCUGGGCGAUCAGGCUGAAAGACUCCAAAAGACCCUUCCAGCCGGGAGAUCCUUUGUCGCCAUGGACACCAAACAGAUUCCGCAAAUACUGCAGCAGAUCUUCACGUCCACCAUGCUUUCCAGUGCUUGAUGGACAGACCAGUCCUCGGAAAUGGCGAGCGUCUCGGGAAUGGUUGGAGGGAAUGUCCCACCUUGGCGAGGACGCUCUUUCAAGGCGCCCGCCGUCUCUUCAGCGCCCACCCCCUCCAUGCCCACCUCCCGCUACGUGUCAGUCACUCACGUGGCCUGGCCUUCAAUACGUCCUGCAUGGAAUCUGAGAUCUUAUUUUACAGACAGACCUCCCACUCUGUUCACACAGGAGCAGACAAAGCUGUCACUGUGAGGGGACAAGUCCUAGCAGAGAAAGUGACAUCAUUUCCUUUCACAAAUUCCGAGGCCUUUCUUUCUUUUUAAUUUUUUACAUUUUUAACAUAUCAACAAGCGACUCUGUAUUCAUUAUAAAAGUUUUGCUAGCGAGCAAGAGCUGGACUAAAACGCCCUCAUCACGUUUAGUUGCCAGGCGGAGUUUUUUAAUGGUGGCGAGCCAUGGCAGAAACAGGAACGUUAUUCUAAAAAUAUCAGUCUCGUGAGGCAAAAACAGGAUUUUGCAACAGAAUGACUGCUGUGUCGGCAAUAUAUGAAAAAUAAUCGCCCACUGCACGCACUCAGCUAAUCAGAGUAUGUUGGACUGAGCAGAUCAAUAGAACCGCACCAAUGUUGAUUGAUGAUCGAUGUCCCACUUUAAUGUGACCGCAUUAAACGUCCUUGUCGCCGCUGCUCUUGAUUAAACAAAUUAUGUGCAUCAAUCAUACAGUACACACAUAUCGUAUAUGAAUAUAUAAUUGUACAUAUUAACUUAAGUGAUGGUAAAUAAAUUAAAAUGAUUGAUUUUAAUAAAAGCUAAAUUCUCCAA